AUGUCUCACACUGACGCGCAGUUCCAGGAUAAAAUCAUCGUGAACGCAGCGUGUGGUUGUCUGCAAAAGGUUGCUAUGGUGAACAGCCGUGUGGAGGUGCCCGCGGUGGCGAUGAUGGGCAGUGGCAGUGGGGCAGCGUGCAGGUCAUGUGCUGGAUGUGGGGGCCUCAUCUCGGACAGGUUCCUGCUGUUUUCAAUGGAGCGAUACUGGCACACACGCUGUCUCAAGUGCUCCUGCUGCCAGGCCCAGCUGGGGGAGUACAGCAGCACCUGCUACAGCAAAGGAGGCAUGAUCCUCUGCAAGAACGACUAUGUCAGAUUGUAUGGACACAGUGGAGCCUGCAGUGCUUGUGGUCAGUCUAUUCCUGCCAGUGAGAUGGUGAUGAGAGCACAAGGCAAUGUCUACCACCUUAAAUGCUUCACUUGUGCAACCUGUCGGAACCGCCUGGUCCCAGGAGAUCGUUUUCACUACAUCAAUGGUACAAUCUUCUGUGAACACGACCGUCCCGGAGGUCUUUUGAGUGGACUCCCUACGCCAAUUCAGCCAAACGGCAUGAUGACUGACCAGAAGGUCUGCUGA